UCUAUCUAUCUAUCUAUCCAAAUGUAUUGUUCUUUACUGUCAUUAUAUUGACAAAUUUCAACAAUGCGCUAUUAUUGUAUGACGCACUGCUUCCUGCUUCCCGACCGGUGCUCCAUCACUUCCGCUGCCGUUGCUGCGACACGGGACGUCAACAGCGAUGGCUGACAAGGAGAAGCGCCGGUCUGCGGCUCUUCCUUCGGGGAUGUCCUCGGGCAAAGUCGUCAAAUCGGACAGCGAGAGGGAGUUCCUGGAGCAGGCCGGCGUCGGGGACCUGCUCCGCGGGGCCAUUCUGAAGAUGGUCGAGGCCAGGUCGGAUGAUCCCAUCGGGUUCCUGGCCGACCACUUCUGCAACCUGGCCUCGGUUACGGACAGCGGGACGGCUGGAUGCGGGGAUGAGGACCAGCAGCAGCAGCAGCAGCAGAGCACCGGCCUUGCUGGCGCAGGCGCACACGAGCAGCAGCGUCUUAACAGGGCGCUGUGGCACCUGCGGCUGGCGCAUCACUCUCAGAGAUCAGCUUUCAGCAACAAUGUUCGUGUGGCCUACGACCUCCUGAACCUUAACGGGUGUCUGAGGCAGGCAAGUGAGAAUCCGGAGGGCCCAGAUGGUUCCUGCCUUGACGUCCCUCCUGACGCAGAGGGCAGCGGGGGCGUAAAAGGAGGCCUCUACACGCAGACUCUGGAGUGCCUCUGCAGCGAAGGCGGCGUCCCUGCCUCAACCUCCGCCCCGCUCCUACGACGCCUCUGCUGCCAGGACCACGAAGCUGUCCCUUACGAUGUCUUCCGUCAUGGCGUGCUCACCUGUGCUGUUUUCUCGGACUACAUCCGGCAGGCUCAGAGGCUUUACGCCGAGGUGUGCUGCCCCGACGAGGGGCCAGCCACCAGGGCCCUGUGCUCCGCAGUGCUUGGGACCUUAAAGGAAGCGCUUGAGACCUCCCAGGACUGUGAUGCAAACUGCUUCGUUAAUGCCAACGCUAAAUCUAGUGCUUGUUUGGAAGCAAAUGCGAAGGCUAUCCGCUACUUGGAGGCCAGCGCCAAGAUCUCCCCCCACAAACUGGCACAGGCCAUGGCCGGAGCCCAGACCCGUGGGCCCGGUGGCAACAUGGAUGCGAAGGAGUUUGAAAACGCAGCCGCAGACCUGUUCAUCGCUCGUGUAAAAGUUGUAUCCUAGAGGUACAUAGAUGUCAUGAAUGUACAGCAAUAAACAAUCCUUCAUCUCUAACACACGUCUGAAAACUCCAGAAUAAAAACAAACCUUAACACUAACAAUAAACUCAGUAACCACAGUAAA